GGACUUCAAUCAUUAUUUUCAGAAGAUCUAAUACCCACCACGCAUCAUUCUUUCUCCUUGAAACCCUCUGCCACUUAAACAUGUAUCUCUCCAAGAUAAUCUCCGUCGCCCUCCUGACUGCCCUCGCCAGUGCUGCUGCAACACCUUCCAAUCUUGAAGCACGCCAGGAGAGUGCAUGCCGCCAGGCACAGUCUGGGCUCCAGCAAACAUCUCAAUAUUACAAAUCUUUGGCCGAACAAUGGAAUGGCAGCGCACGAGAGGCCGUGAUACGGCUUAGUUCUCAGUUGGACGCUGAGACUACCAAAGUUGCAGAUAUCUGCGCCAAGCUUGCCGAGGCAGAGAAGAGCGCACAUAGCUCUUACUCCGAUGCUGAAUCCAACAUAAGUGAUAAAUUCUCGUAAAGCGGUGGUAUUCAGGCGCAAGGAUACGGGUGGCUACUAGAAGGCCCACAGAGGGGGAUAUAGCAAGUCUAAUGUGCGAAGAACUAGCGGUUCCGAAAUUAUUUCUUUACUGGCCAUUGUUCUAAUGUACGCAUAGUAAUGUUCUACGAGAAGGAAGCCCUCAGGGAAAUUAAUAUGAGCUCUAUUAUGU